AUGGCUUGCACCUGCCGAUCUACGCUCAACGCACUCCGCCAGCCGACCCGCCGCAUCGCCCAGACCCCCUUCGCCCUCCUCUCUGCUCGCCCUCUCUCUUCCUCCGCGACCGUCCUCAACGCCAAGCCCGCCUCCUCCUCGCCCGGAGCAGCCGCCGCCGCCGCGUCGUCCUGCCCGCCGGGCACCGUCCUCAAGGGCCUCAACUACCUCAAGGACGGCCAGGACCCGGUCGCGCUCGAGGACAGCGAGUACCCAGCGUGGGUCUUUGCAUUGCCGACGAGCAAGGCGACGGCGGUCAAGGGCGACAAGGGCGACCCGGCGGCCGAGCUGCGGAAACAGCGCGUCGACCUCAAGAAGAAGACCAAGGCGGGCAUCAAGGCGUCGAACGACCUCAAGGGCUGA